CCGCCGGCAUGCUCUCCCCGCCGGCCCGCAGGACCGAUGGGACGCCGCUGGAGCCACGGUGGUGACUAUCACUUGGGGGGCUUGGAGACAACUUUUCUACCUUUCCUCCCUUUUUUUUUAAUCGCUUCCCUCUUUUUUUGGUAAGCGAUAAAGUCAGUUGACCCUUGGUUAGCAGCGCUGGACCUCGUUUGUGUCUUGAUCUUGCUUCGGGUGCAUCCAAUUUUUAUUUUCCCUUCCAUGCCCUUGGAACGGGACGUUUUAACUGGCGUCGCGGGCAGGAUCGCCUUAAGCGAGAGUGUUGAUACCAAGGUUUUGAUUAGUAGAAGACAUAGUUAAAGCGAGGCACCUCUUGGGUAGAGGGAGCAGGAUGUUGAAAUUUAUAGUUAGUUAAAUAAGGCAGCCCUCGAGAAGGCCGCUCCCAAAGUGUGACAGGAUGGAGAAUGGCUCUAAAGUAUUCUUAACAGUUUUUGGAUGAACAAGCCGCUAAACCCUCACCGCCGGGUUUGGAGUGGGCUCGAAAAAAUUGGCAUAAUGCGCAAUCGAUUGUGGACCGAAUUAUUGCCUUGCAGGCCGAGACACGGGGCAAAGGAAAAAUCUGGUUUUGUGCGGUAUUAGGUGCAGCCUUGUUAGCUGCUGUGGAAGAGAAGGGACAACAGGAUAAAGCUGAAAGCCAAAUCAUCGUGUUGUUACAAGACCUGGUUAGAACCCUGCAGGCGCAAUUAGAGGAGGAAAGGGCUAAUGCCCGUUAACUCAGAGAUGAGUUUUAUGAAAGAUUGAUGAAAGAGGAGGAGGAUAUGUCAGAAAAGGGAUUCGAUAAUCCACUAGGAAGGACAGAGGAGAAAACACCAACCUAGCCCCUGUCCCAGCUAAAAGAUUGGCGGGAUCGCUUGGAUAAGCUAUCCGUCCCGCUGCGGCCACUGAUUAAAACCGAAUAUUCAUAUGAAGAUAAGGAGGACAAGGCUCCUCAAAUAACAACAAAAGAAGUCCCCUUUACAGCCACCAAAUUGCCUAAAUUAAAAAAAGAGUAUGGCCGGACUCCUAAGAGUCGGAGAUGGAGUAUGUUUGGAGAGUUUCACUUACUGGGGGUGGCCAGAUUUUAUUGACAGAAAAGGAAGCUGAAGGGUAUUGGGGACCCGGUGUUUUCAUAACCACGGGAAACCAUCGCACCCCUUGGUCACUCACACAGCGAGCGACCUAUUGGGCUGGAGGCUUGAACCCCUUGGAGAGGGGAGACCCACUAGCCAUAGUGGGAACUGUGGACCAGAUAAUAGAGAGUGCUCAAAAGGCAGCUUGUUUGCAAAUGAUGUAUGAGAGGGAGUUAGAGCCACGACAUGAAUCCCCUAUGAUGACGCCGGUAGACCCAGAGAGAAUGACCCCUCUUAUAAGGGGUUCCUGGAGUUCUUAAAACCAAUGGGGAUUCAAUUACAAGGACAAAUAGCCAGUCUGUCGAAAGGGGAAAGAGCUGUUGCCUCUCUAGAAGGAGUAGUAACCCCCAAUUGUAAUUGCAGAGAGCGGAAAGUCUGGACGUGGGGGGAGGUGGCUCAGGAGUUGACUAAUUAUGGGCGAAAGUGCAGUCCAAUACCCUCUGAUAGGGGGGACUCUAAAGCUAUUAGGCGCAUGGAGUGGAGGAUUCCGACGCAGCAGUCAGGACCUAAGAAAGCAACACCUCCCAUGAAUUAUGGAGGUCGGAUAAAUGUCAGUGAGAAACAUAAAAAAAGAAGAAACAGUUUUUUGAUUUUGGGGUUGCAGAAGGGAAUCACAAAGACGUUAAUAGAUGGACAGCCCACUGACAAACUGGAAUUAUUAGUUAAAAGUUGGCAUUCUAGAGAGGGACCGGAGAAACCUACUUCUGCUACAGCCCCUCCCCUGCAAGGGUCUCAGAAUGAAAAGGAGGCGGGAAACUUCCUCCUUCAUCCUCAGUAGGUGAAGGAUGGAUGUUUAUCAGAAGGCUUACCGAGAAUUCAAGAGGGGACCUAUUAAUAUCUUGCCCCAUCGGCCCCCGUAAAGUCUCUAUUACCUUUUUAAUAGGCACUGGAGUUCAGAUGUCUGCCCUAAAGACCAAAGACACCUCUUUGUGGCAUCAUGCCUUUGCAUAAGGGUAUAUUUGUGGUAGAUGCCUUCAGGUGUACUCAGCCCCAAAUGACUGCCAAAGUGAAAUGUUGGCUACCCGGGGAGGAGGAAGCCGUCGACACCGUAAUGGUCUUAGGGGAAUACCCAGUGAAUUUGCUGGGACUAGACCUGUUGAAAGGAAGAUCUUGGACUGAUGAGGGUGGAAAGGUGUGGGCCUUUGGAUGGGAAUUUCCAAGUUUCCGCUUAUUGCAAGCUGUCCCCCUCCUUCCUCCCUCUUUAGUUACCAAUGUCAAACCUUACCGCUUGCCUUUAGGGGCCCAAGAGGGGAUUGCCUCAGUUAUAGAGGAGCUAAAGGAGAAAGGGAUUCUGGUCAUGACACACUCCCCGUACAACACCCCUGUAUGGCCUGUCUGCAAGCCACAUGACAAAUGGAGGCUGACCGUGGAUUAUCAGCAGCUCGAUGUUAAUACAGGACCCCUAACUGCAGCAGUGCCUAAUACAGCUGAAUUAAUAUCCGUUAUUUAGGAACAGGCCCACAAGAUUAUGGCUACUGUUGAUGUCAAAGAUAUCUUCUUCAUGGUUCCCCUGCAAAAGGAGGAUCAGAAUGGUUUUGUCUUCAAGUGGGAGGGUCAACAAUACACCUUUACCCAUCUCCCACAGGGAUUUAAGCACUCACCUACUUUCACACACCAUGCCUUAGCAUAGGAGCUUUUGAAUGUUCCUCCUGCAGCUGGAGUUAGAAUAUAUCAAUAUAUUGAUGACAUAGUUAUCGCAGGGGAUGAAAUCAUACCAGUACAGUGAUGCAGAAUGAUAUCAUUAAAUACCUAGAAUCCCUAGGAUUACAAAUCCCCUCCGAGAAAAUACAACUUCCUGCGCAAGAGGUGGAAUUUUGAGGUAUUUGGUGGAAGGGAGGGAUGGUACGUGUUCCCCCAGACACUCUAACCUCCAUAGAUCAAAUAAAAGUACCGGAGGAUAAGAGGGAGUUGCAGCAUGUUUUGGGAUUGCUGGUGUUUCGGAGAAAACACAUUCCAGAUUUUUCGAUAAUUGUGAGACCCCUGUAUGAUUUACUACGGAAGGGAGCUGGGUGGAAAUGGACGCCCCUCCACGAUGAGGCCUUACAACUCCUAAUCUUUGAAGCUACUACACACUAAGCACUUGGUGCUAUCCACCCCACUGACCCUGUGCAGAUUGAAUGGGGAUUUGUAAAUUCAGGAUUGUCAGUACAUAUGUGGCAACAAGGGCCCGAUGCCCCUACAUGGCCCAUUGGGUUUUAUUCCUGUAGCUUCAAAGAUGCCAAAAAAUGAUACUCUACUUGGGAGAAGGGUCUUUUUGUAGUAAGUCUUGCCCUCCGAGAAGCAGAAAGGACUAUUCAUUGGCAGUCCAUUAUCCUGAGGGGGCCAUUCAAAGGCUAAGGAGGAGGGGAUCAAAUGGGUAUUCCAUACACCCUAUUACCCACAGGACAACGGCAUAGUGGAGAGAACUAACGGUCUCCUUAAAUGAUUCUUGAAGCCUCAAGAGGCGAACUGGGCUGAUCGGUUAUGGGAAGCCGUUAGGCAAGUAAAUGACUGGUGGGGAAUGAACGGGUGUCCUAAACUUAGAGCUUUCUGCCCGAAGCCCCCUUCCCUGAUAGCUGCAAUACUGGGACCGGAUCGUGAACAGAAUCCCUCCCAUUUUCCAGGACAACCGGUCCUGGUAGAGUUACCUACCAUAGGAGCUGUACAGUUGGUACUCACUAGCCCACUGAAUACAUAUGCCUGGAAAGCAAAAGAUGCUUCUGGGAAGGAACACAGGAUAAAUACUCGAUGGAUUGUUCCCUUAUUUUAAUGUCGGUUCUGAAAAGGACCGAACAGAUUUUUAUUUUUCUCUUCGUAGGUAGCCUGUUGAAUGAAGAAGAACCCCGGACCGUGAAUGCAGACCGUCAUAUUUGGAAUAUGCAUCAGCAUCCUACUUGUGGGACUAUUUUUAAUAAUCAUGUGGGGGUGCUGUUUGUAUUUGUAUGGUUAUGCAUGUUGUAUGUGUGUGCAGCAAACCAAACCCCUGGAAAUGAGAAUAAUCGGAACCUCGCAUGGGAACUCAUUAAGGGGUUUGUAAGGGUGUGGAAUCAUACCAAUCAAGGUAUAUGUGUUGCUUUGCCAGAAUCAGCUGAACAAGGAUUGCGAUUUUUUGUGACUCCAAUUGACCUAUCUUUUAUCUUUAACGUAACCAGUACCAAUACCACAUCAAAACUUUAUUUACCUAUGUCCUGGGUGAACGAUUAUGACAACACCACCAUUAAAUGGCAUCGAAGACCAAUGGUCCCUAGUCUGCAGGAAACUUGGUCUCCCCUCUUUGGUGAUUUAAAUGCUGAUCUCAUGAAUAAAACAUGUAACGUCAGUGGUCCCGCCUUUAACCUUACUAUUGACAAUACAGUACAGGCUCGUCCUUUAGUGUCAUUGGGAAAUCACUCUCAUGUUAGGGGAAAUAAUGCAUUUUCCCCAUUUAUCUCCCCGUGGAAGUGUGAAUAUUACCCCUGGGACCCUAUUUUUGACCCACUAACAAUACCUGAUUAUUAUGAAGCUGACUAUAAUCUGAAUGUAUCGGUCAAGUGGUGUAUUAAACUUCCUAACAUGAGGGCAGUUGGCCCCUUAGAUAAGGAUAAUUUGAUGUGGUUUUGGUCGCGAAAUGUUACUGUCAUCGAGCCCUUACAAUCCGGCAAAAGCCGAAGGUGGGAGAAUAGUUUCUUGUUUCAUUGUACUCAAACCAUCACAUGUGAGGAUGGUCCUGGAGAUCCUCCAGAGACCUGGUUUUUGUAUGGAAUACGAACCUUGAUAAGAGAUAUGUGUACUUGUUGGGGAUAUCCCUCCAUGGGAUGGAAAAAUAAUGACACCCGGUGCAAUACCACCCGGUCUAAUGAUACCUCGCUACAGAGAGUCUGCGGCAUUCCGUAUACUCAUUAUCCAGUUCAGUCACUACCCAUUGAUUCACGACCGCCUGUACGUUUUAUGGAUUAUAAGGAUCGGUAUUCAUGUAGAAAUAGUGUAUACCCUACCCCCUUUGGUUUGUCAUGGGUGUGUUCAAAUGGCAAGUUUUAUUCCUAUCUGAUGUUAGAACAACACGCAGGACUACGUUGUGGGGUUGCAUUGCCAUCUCUUUGUCCUGGUCACAUUUUCAACAUUACCAAAUUAUCUCAUAGAUGAGAGUGGCGUGAUAUUUUCGUCACACUCACUGUCAAGACCUCAGUCGGCAACCAGUAGGCCAGAUUGGGCGAUUACAAGAAUUCAUGUCCCGGACUAUUAUACCACAGGGCAAACGAUAUCAUUAAUGUUUGAAAAUAUAUUUGCCCCUUAUCAUACCCUCAAACGGCACCAAUUUCUAUUAGAGAAUAUCACAUGGCAGGUACAUGUAUUAAGUAAUCGGACUAGAUACGCCUUUGGUGAACUAAAUGUGCAAGUCCAACAGGUUUCCCAAAUGACUCUUCAAAGCAGAUUAGCCUUAGAUAUGUUAUUGUUAAAAGAACAAGGGGUAUGUGGAAUGUUAAAUUUAUCUGAAGCCGAAUGUUGUAUUACCAUUUAUAAUGCUUCACCCUCAAUUGAGGAAGCCUAAGCUAAGAUGAAGGAGAUAGCUGAUCAGACCGGGGAGUUAUUCCGAUCGAUCCAACCCCAUGAUUGGUGUGAUGGGUCGAACCCUGGAUCAUGGAUUACUACCAUCCUAAGAUCAUUGGGACUUAUUGGAUGGGGGAAAUGGUUAAUCCAAAUUGGAGUGGCUAUCUUAACUGGCUUGGUAUUUUUCAUGAUUGGCAUUGGCCUAGUGAAGUGUAUGGUAAACCAGUUGAUGACCUCACAUUCCUCCUCUGUUCGCUAUAUUUGAAUCACCACCGUGGUAGAAGACUACAUCGAUUUCCCCCGAGGCAAUGUCAAGCCAUGGGGUGGUGUAAAGGACUGAGAAAUAUUUGCGAGACUUUGUCUCGCCAUUGCCUGCUUAAUGUUUGCUCUGCCUACCUGCUCUGGCUGGCCUGGCGCUUGGAAGAUAAGCAGCAAAACCAGGAUGUUCGCCUCUCAUCCUUGCACAGUCACCAUAACAACGGCAGCGAUUUGUGCAAUCAGCAAAACUACAGCCUAACGUCUUACGCCUGCACGAUUGAAGGUCAGUUGGCGGUCACGGCAUUUAGAGGGGGAUCCGAUGACUAACAACCCCCUAAAGAGGUGUCCGCAUGCACCAUCGAGCUGGGGAUUCACACGAUCAUCACAUGAGUGCCAAAGCCUACGAGGCAGAAGUGCCAUUGCCCUGACUACCAGAUUUGGGCAAGACUGCUGAAAAGCAGCCGUAAAACUCAUCAACAGGACUGUAUAAAAACAGGCAUUAGGCAAGCACGGGCAGAGCUCUCCCCACUGAAGAGGAGGAUCAACGUGACGCCGCAGGAUCCAUGGUGGUGACUAUCACUCGUUUUCUUUUAAGAAAAUUUUUCUAUCUUUUCUCCCUUCUUUUUAUCAUUUCCCUCUUUUUUUUUUUUUUUUUUUUUUUUUGUAAGCAAUAAAGUGAAUUGACCUUUGGUUAUCAUCA